AUGUCUUCUGUGGCACGAAUUACGAUUCUAUCAGCGUUAUAUCUGCUUAGAUCCGCUCUAACACUCACUUGUCCCAUUCCUUCGGCCGGAGGUCUGCCGCUGCGAAACAAAACCUGUCCAGACUUCAAGGCCGACCCGUCAUUCGUCUACUGUUGCACGUCUAAACUACCGCCCACCAGUGGCAUUUACAGGGAAAAGCACGGGAUUUUUUGCUGCUCGUUAGCUGAUUUCGAGAAGGAACGGCAGGAGAUCGCCGACGAGGAGUUCCACAAUUUCAUCAAACAGUGA